AUGCGUUGCGAGUCCUUGCCAUUCGCCCCAACAGUCGAGACCCAAUCGGCCAGAAGCUCGGGCACGCCGAUGGUCCAAAUCGGCGGCGGGAAGGAGUCCAUGUGCGAAGCAGAGAUGACGACGAGCCUUUGGGAGGGUUCGUCGGAAUCGAGAAUUCCGACAGGAGCUCGGCGCUCGACGGCGCCACCGACGGCCAGGAAGAGUGAACCGGAGUCGGACAUCGAGACCCCGACAUCGUCUCAAGGAAGUCAGUGGGCACGACCAUCACCGACGGCACCCUUAAUUGCGAUGAACGGAGACUGGGCGGAGUCGAGGAAUCUCGUGCGUUCGAGAUUGGUUCCGCGCCGCGAGAUUGUAGUCUCGCCGAAGAGGAGAAGCGCGAGAAGGGAGCAGCGAUCCUCGACGGUUGGAGAAGAAGCACAACGGCGGGAUCCCCUGCUCGCCGCCGAAGAAGACGACGGUACGAAGCCACCGAUGCCGUGA